AUGGAGAGCCUCCAGCUGGCGCAGAUGCUCGCCGACCUGAGCAGCCUCAAUGCAACCGAACCAAACGCGGCAGCCGCCCUCGUCACUGCAAACAAGGCCAUCCAGACCGUUGAGAAGACAAGCGCCAACCCCGCCGCCGCCGGACUGCCCAAGCGGCCCACCGAUGAACUCCGCCGCGUCCACACUCACAGCUCCCAGACCUCGCGGACAGGUACUGGCACCGCUUCGCCUGCCCGCGUCGACAAGUUUGGCCGUCGCAUUAUGAUGAGCCCGCCCGCCCUGUCGCGCUCCAACUCGGCCCAGGGCUCCAUCCCAGGCACUCCCAAGAGAGAUUCAGAUGUCGAAGACGAUAUGGAUCGCGCAUCAACCCUUAUGGCGCUGUACGAGAUCCGCGCGAAGCUCAAGCAGCAGGACAACAGCAGCCUCAUGAAGGCCCGGGAGAAGAUUGCCGACCUCGCGGCACGGCAGCAGCAGUCGACGGCAACGCCUGGCAAGAAGGAGCCCGAGAAGAUUACGUCUCGGUUUACGUUCCCGAAAUAA